ACACACACGCGCGCGAGCACGCACGUAGCUGUUUGUUUGUAUUGAAUGACUGACCCUGGUUUCUUUGAUUCCUUUCGUAACUAACGGUUCUAGAGACAAUGUCUGGUGAACAACUGACCAAGAUUUCCGGAGAACCAUCUAACUAUGUUAAACUCAACAUUGGUGGUACUUUACAUUACACCACUAUAGGAACUUUAACCAAACACAAUAACAGACUGCAGUCCAUGUUUUCUGGAAAAACGGAAGUCGUACGAGAUUCUGAUGGUUUUGUCAUCAUUGAACGGAAUGGUAAAUAUUUUGAAACCAUUCUGAACUUUCUGCGAGAUGGUUCAGUGCCAUUGCCAGAAAGCAAAGCAGAACUGACAGAACUACAUGCUGAAGCUAAAUACUACAUGAUUCAAGAACUACAGAAUAUUAUAGAAACAGCAUUGAAGAAGAAGAAGAUCCAGUUGAAAUGUGUCGUUCCUUUAUUGACCUCUGCCGAAGAGGAACAUCUACUGUUCAUCUCUUCCAGAAAACCAGUGAUCAAGCUCAGCUGUAAUCGACACAACAACAAGUAUUCAUACACAACUAAUUCCGAUGAUAACUUUCUGAAGAACUUGGAACUGUUUGACAAGUUGUCACUUCAGUUUGGUGGCCGACUCUUGCUCAUAAAAGAUGUCUUUGGAACCGCAGAAAUCUGCUGUUGGUAUUUCUAUGGACAUUCUCAGAAAAUUGCAGAAGUCUGCUGCACAUCCAUCGUGUAUGGAACUGAUAAGAAGAACACCAAGGUGGAAUACCCCAAAGCCAGAAUAUUCGAAGAGACUCUCAACGUCCUGUUGUACGAGAACUUUGACAAGGGUCCUGAUGCCGAGUUGAUGAAGGUCACCCGGGGAGGCAUUGCCGCUCUGGGCGGUGGUUACCAUAGUGACGAGGAUCCUGAAGACCGCCUGGAACGAGCUGACAGACUCCGACGAAAAUAAGAUAAAGAGAAAAAAAAAAAAGAAACACAAGCACACACACACCACCACCACCACCACCAACAACAACGACAACAACAAACAAAAAGGAAGUAUGCAA